UUUUUUCACUAUAUCAAUUUCAUGGUAGGCUACCAUAUUGAUUUUAAGGAAAUUCGUUAAGCUGGCUAUACAAAACGAAAGCGGAAACUAGGGGUUAAAGUCAAAAUUUUGGAGAAAUUCACAAUGCAACAUGGCUCUUGGGAAAGCUCAGUUUGGAGUGUCAACAUUUUUUGCUGCAAGUCAUUCAAAUGAUAAAUGUGGUGCAAAUGGGUUACCACUGACUCCUAAUUCUAUCAAGAUUGUCGGAAGAUUUCAGCAUCUGAAGACACUAGAUCAUACACAUGUUUGUAAAUACCUGGACUGUGUCCGAGGCAGGCAUGAACGACUUGUCAUUGUUCAAGAACAUCACACGAACAACCUCAAUAUAGCCUGGAAAACAGGAAAAUAUCAAAGUGAGGAAAAUUUAAUGAAGCUUGCAUUUGAGGUGUUACAAGGAUUGGAAUAUCUCAACAAGAAUCGUGUUUGUCACAGAAAUCUCAAGUUAGAAAAUAUUCUCUUUGAUCCAGAGGAUAAAGCGAAACUGUCAGAUUAUGGAAUGUACUAUAUGAGUAGUGGCGGUGCAUAUGUUAGUUUUCCUAUUGGUCAGCUAAAUUACACAAGUCCCGAGGUAUUAAGUUGUGGGCCAGUUAUAAUUGAUGAAGAAACAGAGUUAUCGAUCUUACCACCAUCAAGUCCUAAAGUUGAUGUUUGGUCACUUGGCAUUAUACUACUAGAACUGUUGUCAGCAAAAAGAAUUUGGCAUGACACACCUUUACCACAGAUUGUAAAAAAUGUCCUUAAGUUUUUACACUCAGAUUGUGAUCCCUUUGACUACCUAGUGAAUGAACUUAAAUGUGAUGAUAAAUUGAAGACUUUACAUCCUUCAGUUGUGGACUUCCUGAGAAAAUGUUUGUUAGUAGACCCAAAACACAGACCAGCUCCAUCAGAACUACUACAUCAUGAAGUGUUUACCUUAUAUAAACUAAAGAAGAUUUCUCCCAGUAAUGGUUUUCAUUUAUUCACAACAAAACUAAGGUGUAAAGAUUUGGAGCUUCCUACACUGGCAGAUACUCAAAAUGGUUACAACUGGGAUCAUCUGUCUGAGAGAAGUAUGGAGGAAGUAUAUUAUCUCUGGAGAUUGGCAGGUGGGGAUCUUGAAGCUGUCUUGAAAAAAGUAGGCAUGAUAAAAGCUAGACCUCCAAUUACUAUAUUACCAAGUUUGACCUUGGACAAUGGAGAGGUUUUAGGUCAAGGUCGUGACAAAAUGGAGUUACUAGAUCAUACUGUUAUUUUACUGUCACAGGAACAGCUUAGACAGAGACUUGCUGACAUAGAUGAAAAGUCAUUUUAUCCCCUGCUAGAGGACGAGCAGGAAUUGAAGGAAGGCCUCUCAGCAUCAUCUAGUAAUGUAGACAUUGCUAAUACAGCUAGUUUACCAUUAAUUAUUAAAGAAAGAGACAUAGAACAUCAGUUUCACCGUGUGAUCCUAUAUGAGCGCCUAAUUAAAGGUUACCCUUACAAGAAAGCUGACAUACUAAAGGAAGCCAGAGUAGACAUACCACCUUUGUUUAGAAAUAUUGUGUGGGCAGCUAUUCUUGAUGUAGAGGGUGAUAUACAAGCACUGUAUGAUUCUAUAGAUAAAGAAACACCUACAGGAACUGAUAGACAGAUUGCAGUUGAUAUACCUAGAUGUCAUCAGUAUCAUGAAUUGUUGGCCUCUCCUACAGCACAUGCUAAAUUCAAGCGGGUCUUGAAGGCAUGGGUAGUCAGUCAUCCUGAGUAUGUUUAUUGGCAAGGGUUAGAUUCACUUUGUGCUCCAUUCCUUGCCCUUAAUUUCAACAAUGAAGCAUUAGCAUACGCUUGUAUCAAAGCAUUUAUUCCAAAAUAUCUACACAAGUUUUUUCUCAAGGACAACUCAGCUGUUAUACAAGAGUACCUGGCAGUAUUCAGUCAUCUAAUUGCCUUUCACGAGCCUGAGUUAAGCAAUACAGGGAAAGGGUAUUGGUUUUACAGUUUUUUGUAUGCCAUUCCAUGGUUUCUGACAAUGUUUGCUCAUGUAUUUCCUCUUAACAAGAUAGUACAUUUGUGGGAUACCUUGUUGCUAGGCAACUCCUCAUUUCCUCUAUGUAUUGGGGUAGCCAUCUUGAAACAGUUUCAUGACCGUCUGCUUUCCUAUGGCUUUAAUGAGUGCAUUUUACUAUUUUCUGAUAUGCCAGUGAUAGACCUACAGCAGUGUGUGAAAGAUUCCAUACAGAUAUUCUGUAACACUCCAAAAAGUGCCACAUACAGACAACAUGCUCGGCAAACCAACAAGAAGCCUGAAACUAGACCAAAUGUAUCGUAUUAUUCCAGAGAUUAUAAUGACCAGCCGUCAAAUGAUCUGUCAAUGGAACCACUGAAGCUGGACGAGUUAAAAUCAGAGAAAUGUCCGCGUAUAUCUGCGGAAGACUUGAUGGAGCUAGGAGAGUUUUCUGGUAAUGGUAAUUCUCGUAGUCCAACAAAGAAAAAGCCAAACACCAAACCUCUGUUACUUGUCAUAGAUGUGAGAAGCCCAGAGGAGUAUAACAGGGGAACAGUACCAGGAAGUUUGAACAUUCCAUUUGAAACAGCUUUUUCACCAGAGGGUGAUCUUGUAGCAUGUCCUGCUGUGACAAACUUAAAACAAAACAGGUCAAAGGUCAAGGUUGUAUUUGGAAGUAGAGGAAGAAAUGCUUCUAAUUUUGCGAAUGAGUUGGUGAGAUUAGGUUACAGACGUGUAUGUACUCUACAUAAAGGUAUAGAUGUGUUGAGACAAACUGGAAUACUUACAGUACCACCACCAGAUAUAUGAAAACAAGGGAAAAUUAUAAAUAAAAUGAUUUAAAAUGUAUAGAUAUAUGAAGACAAACUGGCUUUUAAAGUGGACCAAAGUUUUUACGUGAAAUAAACAACAAAAAUAUAGGUAGGAGAUUUCUUGGGGGUGUUUUACAGAUUGUGUCAUACCAGAUGAUAUUUGAAGCUAGUAAACAAUAUCAAAUAGAGUGGUGAUUAAAGAUACAUGGAAUUAUAACAGAAUAAAAUAUUGAAUACUUAUUGGAAAAGACAAGUGGAAAAUAAAGGCUUAAUUGUACACUGAAUAUUUUUUUACAUAGAUCAUUAUUCAUUAUAAAAUGAAUAGAUAUAAGAUUAACAGGUGACCCUGAUUAGUUGAGGUCACUUACUUUUUCUCUUGUAUAGUGAAUGCCUGGAAGAGUAAAAUAAAAAGGAAGGUAAAGAGCUUAAGUUAAACUAAAUUAAGUGGGGAAGAAAUUAAUUAUUCAGUUUGGUUAAUUUAAGUAUAUAGAAAAGUUAUACUGCUAACAUAACAUAUUGUAGAUUUGUUGUUUUUCUG